CCCAGCUCGUGUCCGCCUGCGCCGCCGCCAAGUAGUGCGGGCUAACGUUGUGGGGUCGGAUAGAGGCGGCGCGGGCCCGACUGGCGAAAUGAACACCAACUCCCAUUCCUGUUUGACAGGAAAGUCCGAAAUAAACACGUCGGCCGCUGGGUAACUAAACCCGCCAGGCGCAUUCGGUGACUUUGAUCCCUAUAAACGGUUUGAGUAGGGAAGGAGGGGGAGGGGACGGAGAGCGCAGUCAAAAGCUGAAGUCAACCUAACCUGCUUAGCUGCCUGAAGCCCGGCCUCCCCGCUCGUCGCCCCGCCCACCCCGCAAACCGCUUUACAAAAGCCGUUUCCCUCACGUGACAUCGGGUCCCCUUUUAUCCCCCGCGCGCCGCCCACUCCAGUGACGCCACACUACGUGUAGUUCCGAGCGAGGCCGGGUUCGCGGUGAUGUCAUGGCGCCGCUCUCUUUCCCGCGGCACCCAUUGAGCGAGCGUGCGCGCGCGGCCCGGCCUUAACCAGCGAGCGUAUUUGUUUGUGUGUGCGCGCGAGUGCGCGCUCGUUUUCACGUCACUUCCGGCAGCGAGUUGGGUUGCGGAGUCGCGGUGAAGGGGCCCGUCGAGAAGACGGAGGGUCGCGGGGCAGCCGCAUCCGACCCGUAUGCGCACGGCGGCCGGAGACAUCGCUAGCUCCCGCGGAUUUACUCUUUCCUCUCUCCGCUUCGCCUUGCGGGCAGUUGUGUGUGUGAGUGAGUGAGUGCCUGGGGGGGUGUGGGGGCAACCGAACCAGCCGCCGCCGCAGCAGCAGCAGCAGCAGCCGCCCGCCCACCAGCUUCAGCCGUUGAGCCUCGGCCCGCUCUCCCGAAGGAUGGGAAACGCUGCGACCGCCAAAAAGGGCAACGAGAUCGAGAGCGUGAAAGAGUUCUUAGCAAAAGCCAAAGAAGACUUCUUAAGAAAAUGGGAAAGUCCACCACAGAAUACUGCAGGCCUAGAUGAUUUUGAAAGGCAAAAAACACUUGGAACGGGUUCUUUUGGAAGAGUUAUGUUGGUGAAACACAAAGGCACAGAACAGUACUAUGCCAUGAAGAUACUUGAUAAACAAAAAGUUGUCAAACUGAAACAAAUCGAACACACACUCAAUGAGAAGAGAAUAUUGCAAGCAGUUAAUUUCCCAUUUCUGGUGAAAUUGGAGUAUUCCUUCAAGGACAACUCUAAUUUAUAUAUGGUGAUGGAGUACGUACCAGGUGGUGAAAUGUUUUCACAUCUUAGAAGAAUUGGAAGGUUCAGUGAACCUCAUGCACGGUUUUAUGCUGCCCAGAUAGUGUUGACUUUUGAGUACCUUCAUUCGUUAGACCUCAUCUACAGAGACCUGAAGCCUGAAAACCUCUUAAUUGACCAACAAGGGUACAUCCAGGUCACAGAUUUUGGUUUCGCAAAGAGGGUAAAGGGCAGAACCUGGACACUUUGUGGAACACCAGAAUAUUUGGCACCAGAGAUUAUUCUCAGCAAGGGCUAUAACAAAGCAGUGGACUGGUGGGCACUGGGGGUCCUAAUCUAUGAAAUGGCAGCUGGAUACCCCCCAUUCUUUGCAGACCAGCCGAUACAGAUCUAUGAAAAGAUUGUCUCUGGAAAGGUACGGUUUCCUUCUCACUUCAGUUCAGACCUGAAAGACCUGCUGCGAAACUUACUUCAAGUAGAUCUGACCAAACGAUACGGGAAUCUCAAAAAUGGUGUGAAUGACAUCAAGAACCACAAAUGGUUCGCCACUACAGAUUGGAUUGCAAUUUACCAGAGGAAGGUGGAAGCUCCAUUCAUACCUAAGUGUAGAGGUCCAGGCGACACCAGCAAUUUCGAUGAUUAUGAAGAGGAGGACAUCCGUGUCUCUUUAACUGAAAAAUGUGCUAAAGAAUUUGCUGAUUUUUAGAAAGAGUAAGAGACCAUCAGGGCUUGUAUUGGGAUCUUUGCACUCUGCUAACAGAUGGGGUGGAGUUGAAACCAUCUUACUCGUCGAAACAAUUACUUAGUUUCUUCAUUCCACAUGGCUGAGAUCCUCCUUUGCCAUAAUUCAUGUGUGCAUUUGGCACAACCCUCAUACACAGGCACAUUUACUCAAAGCACUACCUGUGCUGCAACACAAAAAAAACUUAGACCACUUUCUUAUCGUUUCCUUCCCACCCUCCCACCCUCACAUUUUGUUCUACAGCCUGUCGCCUUUGUGUUAUGUCAUUUGACCACCCCACCCUCCCUCGCCCCCCAGUUUUAAAACAAAAAGAUUACGGCAAUUUGCAGAGAGUGAAACAUUUUAAGUGUAAAGAUAGAGCAAGUGUUUCAGGAUUUUUUUUUGCACUCGGUGUGAGUUAACUCAAGGUGAAAGCUGAACAUUGCUUCUAGUGCUUGCCAGCCACAGCUCCUGUCAUGUCUGAGAGACCACAGUCGUAGAACACCGUAACCUUGUAGAAUCAGACUCCUGGAACCUACCUACACAGCAUCUUUGACAUUUUUCUUUUGAAAGUAGAAUUGUUCUGUGCAUUUAUAUAUAUACUGAAUGAAAGUGAUUCUCCUGGACAGGACCAAACUGAAGUAGAAUUAAUUGGAUGAAUGGAGCAGGGUACACACAGAUGGUGCCUUGAAUUCUCCUGUACUGUCAAAUUCAGCUGCACUUCCCAGUUUUCUUCUUGUGUGCACAUCUGGGCAGGCUCCAGGUCUGACAUUACCAGACACUGCAACUGCAGCAUGUCGCCUUGAUAAAGCUGCCGGCAGGCGAUCUUCAGGACAGCUCUUGUCCACCCAUUUUUGUGUCAUGUCAAACCAUAGUCUGUCUGUGGAUUUGCCCUCCUACAUGAACAGGGUUGCAUUCUGCUCAUUCGGAGAUGAAAAGGCAGGAAGUUGGAUGUUGGGGCUGGGGUGGGUGGGAAGAGGGUAAAAAAGGUUACCAAGCAAGUUUUCUUCAAAGUAACACAAAAACCACAGCAGCAUCAAAUACUAGCAGGGAAAGGCGACAUGAAAUGGUUCUCGUCAUGCUGAUUUGACAUCAGAAACUUGAAGUGGCAUGGGCGAGUGGUCUUGCAAGUGGAUUCUGUCCCUGUCAGCAUCCACGGUGGUGAGCAGACACACUGUGUGUGCAGCGGGCCCGUAUUCUAUUUUAGUUAAAGAUGCUGCAGCGAUAGUGAUGGUCACUGCCAGGAGUGUGUUUGAUUCCAAAGCAGACGUCGUGAUGCUAAAUGAAAAGGUUUGGGAAACUACUAAGCGAUUAAAUCACUCUGCAACUGGCUUUUCAGAAGUAAAAUUUUGGUUCCUGCAUUGCAAAAUACUUAACACAGGUAACGACUGCCAUGUUUCCACAAUUUUUUAUAUAAAUAUAUAUAUAUUUGUGUUUGUCUCCCUGGGAACAGAUCAUAGAGUUUGCAAGCUUUACGUUCAGCUACUGGUUAGAUGCAUUGUCACAUAAUGACAUAAUCUGUUGCUACAGGAAAGACUAGCCAAGACAUUGCUAGUUAAAGCAAUUUUCCUCUAUUUCACUGUUGGUAAGUCAUAGAUAAUGGAUUCGGUGGAUCUGUACAUGUUAACAUUUUUAACCAAUUCAUUUUAAUCAAAUUAGUUUUAUUUGUACCAAUUUUGAUCUUUCUUUUGCAUAUAUAUAGAUAGAUGUGUAUUUAUAUGUAUAUAUGUGAAACGAUCCUCAAACGGUUUAAAUUGAAAUGGUUUCUUAUGUACAGAUGUAGGCUGGAUUCAGAUUGGUUCCGAUAUUUACGGGAAAGAAAGGCUUUGAAGUUUUAAUAAAUCAACUUAAUUUGGCAUAGAGCUGGUAUAUUUGCUUGUGUUAGCACUAAAGAAACAUGGACACACACUCUUAACCUGAAGGGCACUCGUCAAAGUAAGGCCUUUGUAGACAUUCGCAUUGCCAGUGUGAGCUGUAAUAUCAGACAUUCUGUUUGUCCUCUUGGCUGUUCCGACAUUUGCAUAAUGUCCAGUACAAGGCUGGCACCAACAGCAGUUUUCCAUUUCCCCAUAUUUACCUGUAUGUGCAAGGGAAGUAUACAAUCUUUGCUGUAGCAGAUUUUAUGUAACUAAAGAAAUGUAAGGUCACAUUAAUAAAUUUAAAAGUUCCUUUGUAUGAAAAUGUUAAAAUCUUUUGUAUUUCAUUUAGACCGAAGACAUGCUGUUGUAUGCUAGCUGUAUGCGAUAAAUUCUACAGUAACGUUGUUGUCGUUUAUGGACUUAAAGGUUUUAAUAAACGCUGAAGAUCACA